AUGAUCUCAUCGAUCCUGAUCUACGGAAAAACAUGGACCCACUAUCACUUGAAGUCUUUUCAAAAAAUAGCCUAUGACUGCUUGAAGGAUCAACGGUCAGACCGCCCAGAUAUAGAUCAUAUUGUCAUUAGACUUCGACAAGCGCUGGAUCUUCAAUGGAAACAUGAAAAUCCUGGUAUACUGAAUCAACACUCUCAAGGUGCUGGUGAAGUUGAAGGGACAUCAACCAAUCGAUUGGAGUGGAAAAACUUGGAACACUUGAAGAUCAGCUCUCAUGAUAUAGGGGUGGCCACCGAUAAUUUUUCUCAGACACAAUGCAUUGGGGAAGGUGGAUAUGCUUACACGAAUAAAAAUGACAAGGGGCUCGCACCCUUUGUCCGGCAACACUUUCAGAAAGGAACACAAAAGGAUAUGCUAGAUUCUAAAAUAAUGGAAGAAUUUGAUGAAAACAUUUUUACUUUAAGUAAAGGGCCCAAUCAAGAUUCUCUGGAGACAUUUCUAGAUAUCGCAUAUCGAUGUUUGGCAGAAACUCAUAAAAAGCGUCCAAAAAUUGGAAUUGUCGUCGAGAAACUCAAGAAUGCAUUACAACUUCAAAAAAACCACAAGGAUAACCUCCAAAUUUCACUUGAAGACAUUAAAUUGUCCACAAAUGACUUCAGUAACGUGCUCCUACGACUUGAGGAAGCAUUGAAAUUACAGGAUGAUUAUGAAAUAUGGAGACCCAAAUUGCCUCAUGACUAUGAAGAAAUAUUCAAGAUGUCAAAAGAAUCUGAAAACUACUUGAGUAAAAAGAAAAAGGACCUUCACGACAUGCUUUCCGAAGGAAUCCUCCUUCAAAAGGGCAAAGUGUUGUUUUCAUUAGACGAUAAUGGAGAUCGAAAUGAAAUGAUAUCAGCCAGAAAGCUCCUAUACAAGCACCGUCGGUCACAUAAAUGGCCAUCUGGAAUUGUUCCAAAAUCAAGGUUUCAUGAAGUAGCAGAGAUAUCAAAUAUUUCAAAUCUAAGGCUCCAGAUAAAGUCAAAAGCUCAAUUUUUAUCUCCGGGUGUCAAUUAUGGUGUUCAUCUGGUAUUUAGAUUUUGUGGUCCAAGAAGAUCUUUAGCUAAACGGAUGUAUGUGAACCUCAAAUAUAAAAAGGGAAGUGAAACCUUACAUACACAUUUCGCAACAUGGAGAGAAGAUGGGUGGAUGAAAAUCGAAUUGUGUCGAUUCUCAAACUGCAAAGAAGAUACUAAAUUUGAGUUUCUACUAGAGAGCUUUUCACGAUGCUAUUGUGGAAGUCGUGAUGUUUAUGUUGAAGGCAUUCAAUUUCAAGCCAUUAAUAAUGUGAAACAUGAAGAAAUCAAGGUAUUAAAGGAAAGCCAACAAAGCUGUAAAUCAGACUUGAACGUGUACCAGGAGCAACAGUUGCCACCUACUUCUGAAGAAGUUGAAAAGUUAAGCACGCUAAAGGAAGAGAACAAAAAGAAGCAUUAUAUGCUUUUGGCAAAGGAGGCUCUUUAUGAAUCUUCUAAUAUGAAGCUUUUUAAUUCCAUAAACUCAACCCAGUUCAGAUCCCAAGAAGAGGUGCUUGAGCUUGCAAGACAACAAGUAUUUCGUAUCAAGUGCAAGAUUGAAAGUCAAAGGCUGUCACCAGAUACAGAAUAUGCAUGUUACCUUGUGUUCAAGCUUUCAGAACAGUGUCAUGGAUUGCGUUGCCCGGUUAUAGUACGAGAAUUAUCUAACCGAAAAAAGAAAAACACAAGAAUUAUUUAUUUUAGAUCCCCAAGCCCAUGUAAUGUCAAUGAUACGGAUUGGGUUCCAGUUGAGAGGGAAAAUGGAUGGAUGGAGGUGAAUGUAUGGCAAUUCAACUCAAGUAAUAAGCUUCAAGAUGAUUGUGUUUCUAUUAAUUUGAAGCUCAUAAGUUAUGAAGGAACUUUAUCCGGACUCAUUAUAAGCAGCAUCGAGUUUCGACCGAUAUAAGCAGAUAUAUGAGGCAAUGAUGUGAGCAGAUAUAAGAAAGCAUAUAUAGUUAU